AUGGCUUUACAUAAAUUAUCAAAACCGAAAACAUUUCAUGUUGAUUAUUGUGGUUGUACAGCAGCGGCAUUACUUUUAAAUGAUCAAAUAAUACGAGAUGCAAUUGAUGUUAUUCGUAAGGAAAAAACAAAACGUGAUUUUGUUAAAACAACAGUUACAGUAUCAAAAGAUGGUGUAAAAAUUAUUUAUAAUAAUGAACAAAAAUUUUCUACAAGUGUACCAUCGUCAAUGAUUGCUGGUUCAACUGUAGGUAAAUCAUCUUUACAUGAUACUGUUGGUGUUGUAUAUAUUUCACCAUUGACUGGUCAACAUUAUCCAGCAUUUGUUCAUGUUUAUCGAUGUGAUUCAUCACGUACUGCUCAAAAAUUUCUAUCUCGUUUACGUGCAUAUAUGCUUAUUGAAAGUCAUCGUCUUCAAAUUAUUCAAUUAGAACAACAUUUACUUAAUCGUAAAUUAUUAAAUAUAGAUCGUUUUAAUGCAGUUCAAACACAAAAAACUGAUACAGGUGUAUCAUCAUCAUCAGCAGCAAGUAGUGAUAGUCGACAAGAAAAUAUAACUAAUAAUCCAAUGAAAUCAAUAACAGAAGAAUUACAAAGAAAAAUUGAAUCAAAUGAACCUAUUCUAUUUCCACCUAAAGAUUAUGAUACAGUACAUGCGAAUCAUGGUAAUGUUCAACGAGCACAAGCAUGGAAAAGUACAGAGCCGACGAUUGUUGGUUAUACAACAGUUGAUCCAGAUGAUAAUAGAAUACGUCAACAUGUACAAGCAAAUUCUCAUUCAACUACUGAUGAUCAUAAAAACAAUCAUGUUCUUGAGAAUCGUAUGGCAAGACCACAGUUAUCUUCUCAUAAAAGUGAUGCUACAGUUGAUCCCGUAGAAACUGUUAGUAUUGCUUUUGAUUUUCUCAAAGAUGAAACAGAUUCAGUUUUUACUGAUCAUGAUGGCAACAUUGAACCUAUGGAAAAUCAACAACAAAAUAGACCACCUAUUUAUCGCUAUCGACCACCACCGAUUACUGCUAUGAAUAAAAAAUUAUUUCCUCGAAAUAAUAAUUUUGAAUUAACAAGUAAUGUUUUACAAUCAAAUUCAUCAUCACGAAAUGAUGUAAAUACACAUCAUAACAAUAAUAAUCAUUAUUCUUCUCAGUAUCACUUACAAAAUGGACAUAAAACUCCUUCUGAAACACGUUUAUAUCAUGAUCAACAACGUAAUAUGUAUCUCAGUCCUCAUUAUGAACAUCGUCUCGUAAAUGGUAGUGGUCUUCCAAUUACAACCAAUCCACUAUGGACAUCUACAUCAUCUCUCAUAGCCGGUUCUCAACCAAAUCUAUUAUCAUAUCAAAAUGGUGUUGAUUCUACACCUUUUCAUCGUCAAUCAAAUGCACAAAUGAAUGGACGACUACCUCCUACAAAUUUACAAAAUUCUCUUUAUUCGAGUUAUCCAGAUAAUCGAUCAGAAAUGUUGAUACCUAGACAAAAAUCAUCAAUACCAGCUCAACAACAACAACAACUUAAUAGAAAACAAAAAACACAAUCACAAUAUUUUGAAACAAAUGAAUUUAUUUUAUGUUCAUCUGACGGUCAACCAUUGAGACAUUCACAAUAUCCUAAUCGACAUAUUACAAAAGAUUAUAGACCUCAUUCAAUGAAUGUGAAUGGUACUUCACUUGAUGUAUACUAUUGA